GACACUGUACGUGAUGGACGUAACCAGAGUCUCCGGCUACACCUGCCCUCUACACGUGUCCACUUUACCAGAAUUAUAAUAAACAACGGUGGUGAAACUCUGCCCAAGAUUUAUAAAGGUGUCCUGGAAUACUUUUUUUGUGGUUAUUGGUAAAAAAAAAAGGUCUUGGGAGGAAAUGUGAAUUUUUUUGAGGUGUGAGACCAUGUGCAUGCUGAAGGCGUGUUAAAAAGCAGCCAUGUUGCUGACACGAGGCUUGAUCUUGCUGCUGAUGCUACUGACGCUUCUGGCGUCGGAGGCCGACGCCAGGAGAAGGAGGAGACGCUUCAAGCGUCAGCAUAGUCACAGGGACACUGACGUAGACGGACGCCGUAGGGAACAUCGACGGAGACGUGGCAGGGAGGGCGCUACCACGCUGCCCACGCCUGUCAGGCAUAGUGAGGCGCUCGUGGAAGGGAUUCCGGUCGGGACGGCGGCUUCGGUAGUGUCGGGUACGGCGCCGGAGUCGGGUUCGGUAGCGGCGGGUUCACAAUGUCCACCCCCGGUGACACCGUUCCACCGUGACCUGUGUGGCGCCACAGCCUGUCUCCACCACCACCAGUGUCCACACGGUCGCUUGUGCUGCUUCAAUGGCUGCAUCCACACCUGUCUGGUUAAGCUGGAAAGUCCCCCAGUUAUUGACUGGCUGGAAGAUACCAGCGAUGUCUUGCCUAUCCUUGAUGAGUCGGCACCCCCAGUGCUACCAGUGCGGUACGAGGACCUCUCCUUCGUUGAAGGACGGGAGGAGGCAGUGCACCUGCCUGGCGGGUGUACGAUAUCAGGUACUCAGUACUCACAGCUUCAGAACUUUAUGAAGGCUCCCAGCAUCGAGAACUGCAUGUGUGAGCGAGGUGAGGUAGUGUGCGCCGUCAAGAUGUUUCACUCAUAGUGUGAGCGAAACGAGGUAGUGUGCGCCGUCAAGAUGUUUCACACAGUCCUGAUCAGCGCCUCGGCUGAGAGGAUCCAAGAUGACAUGUUGGGGGAAACUAAAGAAAAUUGGAUGCUAGGAGGAUCAAAGAAGACGGGAGAACCAGGGAAGACAAGUUGGGAAAACCAAAGAAAAUGGAAUGUUGGGAUGGUCGUAGAAGAUGGGAUGCUGCUAAUAGAAGCAAAGGAAAUGGGAUGCUGAAAUGGAAGAUGGGAUGAUGAACUGACCAAAAAAAUGGGAUGCAGGGAGGACUGAAGAAGAUGAAUUGUUUGGAACUAGGUUUGUUUAUAAUAAAGAUUAAUGUAGCACAUGGCAAUGUUACAGCCACACAGCAGUGCUUCAAGACAGUGGUACAGCCACACAACAGUGCUUCAAGACAGUGGUACAGCCACACAGCAGUGCUUCAAGACAGUGGUACAGCCACACAGCAGUGCUUCAAGACAGUGGUACAGCCACACAACAGUGCUUCAAGACAGUGGUACAGCCACACAGCAGUGCUUCAAGACAGUGGUACAGCCACACAGCAGUGCUUCAAGACAGUGGUACAGCCACACAGCAGUGCUUCAAGACAAUGGUACAGCCACACAGCAGUGCUUCAAGACAGUGGUACAGCCACACAGCAGUGCUUCAAGACAGUGGUACAGCCACACAGCAGUGCUUCAAGACAGUGGUACAGCCACACAGCAGUGCUUCAAGACAGUGGUACAGCCACACAGCAGUGCUUCAAGACAGUGGUACAGCCACACAGCAGUGCUUCAAGACAGUGGUACAGCCACACAGCAGUGCUUCAAGACAGUGGUACAGCCACACAGCAGUGCUUCAAGACAGUGGUACAGCCACACAGCAGUGCUUCAAGACAGUGGUACAGCCACACAACAGUACUUCAAGACAGUGGUACAGCCACACAGCAGUGCUUCAAGACAGUGGUACAGCCACACAGCAGUGCUUCAAGACAGUGGUACAGUCACACAGCAGUGCUUCAAGACAGUGGUACAAUCACAAAACAGUGCUUCAAGACAGUGGUACAGCCACACAGCAGUGCUUCAAGACAGUGGUACAGUCACAAAACAGUGCUUCAAGACAGUGGUACAGUCACACAGCAGUGCUUCAAGACAGUGGUACAGCCACACAGCAGUGCUUCAAGACAGUGGUACAGCCACACAGCAGUGCUUCAAGACAGUGGUACAGCCACACAGCAGUGCUUCAAGACAGUGGUACAGUCACACAGCAGUGCUUUAGGACAGUGAUACAGUCACAGCAGUGCUUCAGGAGAGUGGUACAGCUACACAGCAGUGCUUGAAGACUGGUACAGUCACACAGCAGUGCUUCAGGAGAGUGGUACAGCCAUACAACAGUGCUUCAGGAGAGUGGUACAGCCACAGCAGUGCUUCAGGACAGCGGUACAGCCACACAGCAGUGCUUCAAGAGAGUGGUACAGCCACAUAGCAAUGCUUCAGGACAAUAGUACAGUCACAGCAGUGGUACAGCCACAUCAGUGGUACCGACACAGCAUUGGUACAGACACAGCAGCAAUGGAUAGAGGAACACACUGUAUUUACCGUCUUAGUAAAGGUAUGCAUUGUAGUGCACUGAUGAACAAGACAUGCAGUUUGGUGCACCAGUGAACAAGACAUGCAGUUUGGUGCACCAGUGAACAAGAUAUAACUUUUCUGUAAAUAUAUCUAGUAUGAAACAUGCACCAGAUUCACUGUGGUUUGCAUGGAGUAUACACACCAAGGCAUAUAUCUCUUUGUGUAUACACCAAGAGGUGCCUCUAUGUAUACCAACAGGUGCAUAUAUACGUAUAUAUAUAUUGAGUACUUGAAUCCAUUGUUUUGUUAUUAAAGUAUAUUUAAUUACAUGCAGUGGUAAGUGUUUUAGUAGAUUAUAACUUAUUGUGUUGCUGAAAGACCUUAGAGAGUGAUUUAGUCUUAGGCUUUAUUUGUUGUAGUGACACCUGGAAAGAUGAUAUUUUGUCACCAAUUUUCAGCAAUUUUGAUUUUCAAAUUUAAGUCAUGUUGAAUGUAUGUACAUGAUGUUCACUUAACUAUUAAAUGACAUAAUUGCUAGGUAUCCCUGAAGGAAUUGCUAGGUAUCCCUGAAGGAAUUACUGGGUAUCCUAAGGGAAACCUUUAAGUGGUUGCCUGAUUUUUUUUCUCUUCAGCUUUGCGAUAUUCUUUUGCUUACAACUCUAGAACCUUUGAACUCUUAUCAUAAUAAGAUUUUGAAUGUUUGUGUACUAUAACAAGAACCAGAUUCUAGGAACAAUUGGCUUGUGUAGGGGUCCAGUGACCGAAGUUAUUGAUCCCAUUUCCAGCAUCCUGGAAUGGAUCGGAUAACUUCCGAAACUCUCGAUGGUGUAGCUUCAAAUGUUCGAAAUGUGCCUUUUAAUUUGAUAAUGAUAGUGAAAUUCACAUGGGUAGGUUCAGAUUUGACCAGUUUUUGUGGAAAAUAGUGUGCAAUUUUGGUUUUUGUUUAAGUGUCACGAUAAAAAGGUAUACAUCUAUCUAUUCUGAGUUGCUUUAGUAUUUAAUGGCUGAUGCAUCUUAUGACAAUGUGGUCUGGUAGGUGAAACUCUCGCUUCACACGGGUCCGAUUCCCAGCAAGGGUGGAAACAUUGGGCGUGUUUCCUUACACCUGCUGUCCCUGUUCCCCCAUCAGCAAAAUGGGUACCUGGGUGUUAGUCGACUGAUGUGGGUCGCAUCCUGGGACAAAAAUUGACCUAAUUCGCCUGAAAUGCUCAGCAUAACAAGGGACUUUCUAUAUAGUAGUAUGUUAUUGAUGUCAGCUAUGGUCUGUAUACCUUGUACGUGUACUUAUAGAAAUAAUGUUAUUAUUAUAGUACCUAUUAGGUUUUAUUUACGUGGGCAAAUUUGUCAUUGCAAUCAUUUUUAAUAUACUUGGAAUCACACGAACAUAGACACAUGUAUACAUAUUUUUUUAUAUUUUGCUAAUUACAGUUUUAUGACCACACUGCACUAUUUGUUUAUCCAGUGAGUUAUGAUGGUAUUUUUUGCCCGUUUUCAUGCCAGCAUUGAGUGGAAGGUGGGAAGAGAGCCUUCUGCUUCUCUAUCCUUGACUCGCACAUCUAGAUAAUACACGAUAGUCCUUAAUCUAGUUAGAAAUUGAUAGUUAUUUUCAGCAGAUAACCUCUGCUGAAAAUAACUAUCUGCUGAUAACCUCUCCAACCGUAGGUCAUCUGACUAAGACCCGCGUCAGGAAACACUUAUCCUGUUUCCUUACGAACGUAUCAAUAUAUGAGAGGGAGGCUAGUAGAACACUGCUCACAUACUACCACACUUCCGCUCCCAAGGUGACUUUCAAACUGUUUUAAGUAUGGAUUGUUGAGCUGGAAUUUUUAAAGAAUGUCUUCCAAAUCCUGUCUCCUGUUGCAUGUAGUUACUCAGCAGUUGUAGUUCACCGUUGUUUGCCUUUCUACAGUGUUUACUAUUCCUUUUCAAGAGUUCUUAGUUUAAUAUCUUCAUUAUGCACUGUGGGAGGUAGGCAGAAGAUUACAUAGGUACAUAAUGAGUCCAAGUUUCGAUAGCUGAACAAGUUACAGUGGUAAUGAACUAUUUACAAGUUAUUACCCGGAGUUUACCACUGUAACUUGUACCUGUGUAAUCUUCUGCCUACCUCCCACAGGGUAGGUAUUGCUUCUUGAAAGCAAUACCUACCCUUAAUCUCCAGGUGCUGUGUCACCUGCGUUUUUCCCAAUAAAUGUGAAAUAAUGAGUAAAAAUUCUGCUGUCUAUGCAUUUUACAUUCACCCCCGGGGGGGGGGGGUAUGCUGGUGGAGAUCACUUGAUCCAAAAAAUAAGAGAUAUCCUCCCAUUUCUUGAAUCGAGCCUAAUUACUUCCCAUUUUCCCAGGCGCUGCUUGACCCCUACAGGUUUAGCACUUCACCAUACAGUGGGUUUUCUCACAACUACCGACAAGCUGUCGUUAAGGAAGGUAAACUGUAGUAUCCUCGGCCACCACCUCUUUAGUCUUCCAUUUCCAUUUUAUUUUACCAUAAACAUGUUAAUAAGACAAUACGCGGUUUAUGUCAUUUUAUUCAGAAGACAUUUCGCCCACCUCAAACUUAUGACAAUUGAUAAUAAAUUAGAAACGUGUGCAACAAUGGAUAUCUUGAUUGUAUCUAAUUUAUCAAGUUGUCGGUUCUCCGAACCAUUUAUCGACAAUGAUAAAUUCCCUGGUGGGCGAAACAUCUCAGUAAAAUGCCAUAAACCCUAUAUAGUCUUGUUAACAUACUUGUUAGUACAUUCUGACAAUAAUAUAAACACCAGAAAUAUUUUCAGUUAUAACUCACAUGGAGACAGAAACUCUGGAGAUUAAUUGAUCUGUAUAUUUCGACCUCCUCCUGGGAUCCUCUUUAGCUGAAGAAGAUCCCAGAAGGUGGUCGAAAUAUACAGAUCAGUCAAUCUCCUGAGUUAGUCUCCAUGUGUGUUAUAACUGAACAUUGACAAGUGCUCAUUAUAAUUUAGUUAUCCACCAGAAAUAUGUGUAUGUAAUAUAACUAUUGUAAUGCCGUACUGGUUAGCUGUUUCUUCACGUUAUUCGGACUCGUUAGAUUUUUAACAUGUAGUCUUAUUAGUGGUUCUUUCUCUGAUGCCCUCAUUCAUAUAUAUUUUAGCCAUAAUUAUUCCAUUGUUCAAUGUUAUAUAUUUAUGUUCAGCAGUAAGUUCACUUCUAUUUAUUUGUCUAAAUAUUUUGGUUCAGUAUUAGGUCUGUUUGGUCCAUUACUGUAUGUUUUGUCAAAGAUAAUUCGUCAUAUUACAUUUGCUUCUGUCCAAGAUAAAGUCUGUAAUAUUCUU